CAGUCUCGCCAAGCCUUCUGCUGCGAUAAGAUCGACGACAAUGACGGGAUACGACGAUGAGGCUUAACGCAAGAUUCUGAUAUGGAAUGCGGAGGACCGAGAAAAACGACAAUUCGCGAAAUAGUGGAGUGACAGAGGGUACGAUCGCGAUUGUCGUUAGCGAACGACAGCAUCAUGAGGACGCCGAUAAUGAGCACGAUGCGGAUCCUUUUAAAGAGCAUCAUAUGCCUUCUGUCAGUGGUUAACGCGAGGACUGCGAUAAUGCCGCCACCGUGGGCCGAUCCCUCGAGCAACCCCUGCGCUGCACAACCACGCGGCUGGCUGCUGCUUUAUUGGCCAGCAGAUGGGAAAUGCUACAAAAUAUUCCAGAUCGGCGCCCCAUGCCCGGAAACCAUGGAACUGGGUCCAGCAGCCGGUAACGGAACAAUUGCUGAAUGUAGAUGUCCUCCAGGAACCGCUCAAUCGCCCAGAGACGCGUUGUGCCAUCCGAUAUUCACGAGAGCAUCCUGCUCCAAGGGUCAAUUCUUUGCACCUGUACCCGACGCGCUUGAUAAAUUAGCUACGAAACAACGAUGGGGAAUCUGUCGUGAUCCCGAAAUCUGCAAAGAGCAAGGUGAGAUUUACUGGCCCAAGGACGGCAAGUGCUAUCCGAAGCUCAGCAGAGGCCCAUGUCCACGUGGCGAACUUCUUGUCACAGGUGAGGACGGUCUAACGAUUUGUUCAUGUUCGGCAAGUGGCGAAUUGGCCAGAUAUUAUUGGCUAGGAAAUGGCGGUGGUUGCCACGAACACUAUAUCAAAGGUCCUUGUUCGGAGCCAGGAGAAUUGUUUCUGCCGGGUGGAACGUGCGGUUGCCACCCUCAAUUACCUCACUAUCACGAACCGAGCGGGAUGUGCUAUCAGUUAGACAGCGUUGGUCCGUGUCCACAAGGACAUCACUUUACGGUGACAGUGGACGUCAGAUCAUCGCAUGAAGAUAUUGUACGAGCUAGAUGUGUUUGCAAAUCGGGCCAUAUAUUAUAUAAAGACGGAUUCUGCUAUCGAUUGCAUACGAGGGGACCCUGCGAGAGCGGCUAUAUGUUGAUAAAUUCGUCAACCUGCAUUCCCGUGCCAUGCAAACGCGGUAGACUAUACUUUCCUCAGGAGAAGACAUGCUACAAGAUUGGUACAAGAGGACCGUGUCCGAACGGGCAGAUAGUGUUGUACGAUUAUAACGUGAGACCGUCCCUCGAUGGGAUCAGUUACAAUGGCGUGUGUGGAUGUACCAAUACUAUGAGAGACGCUGGCAAGUGCAAAAAGAAUGAUAACGAUGAUUGCGAGAACAGGCCAGGAAUGGUGAUGAUCAAGAAAACCUGUUAUAAGUUGUAUACACAAGGCCCCUGUAUCGAGGGGGAAUGGUUAGUCGCUCAGAGAAUACCGAAAAAUAAUCGGUAUGUGUUAUGGCAACCAGAAGAAUUGCGAUUGAAAACUAGAUGCGAAUGUCGACCUGGUUACAAGAGGAUUGUCCCGAACUCUGGUGAGGCUAUGGAGGAGUUAGAGAAUAAUAAUCUGAUCUCACCAAAUAGUUGCCAACCACCAGCGGUAAGCUUAGCAAGAUUUCUCAACGAUAAUAUUAAAUCAAUGGUGAUUUGA